GACGUGACGAUCUUGAAAGCCGAUGCGAUCAGAACCAGCAACAGCAUGCAACUUGAGUCGGAUCUGCUCCGUUUGUCCGAAGACCCGACCAUGAGCGACUUCACUCUCAUUGUGGAAGGCAAUAAGCUUCAUGUUCAUAAGGCCAUCUUGUACGCGCGCUGCCCACACUUGCGCUCGAUGUUCACGAGUGGGAUGAUCGAGUGCGAGAAGAAAGAGCUAGUGCUCGAGGACGUUCCUCUUGUGCAUUUCAGAAAAGUCUGUCAGUUCAUCUACACUGGCAGUGUGUUUGUUGACCAGGAAGAUGCAAUGGAUGUGAUGAUGCUAGCGGACAGAUUCUUGCUAUACGGCCUGAAGCAGCAGUGUGCAGCCGUUUUGAAGAGCUCCAUUGCUAUGGAAAAUGUCAUUCAUAUCCUGAAAUGUGCUGAUAGAUUUGACGCUCCUGACUUGAAG